GAGUUGGCAGGUGGGGGUGGGAAAGGGCAGGGUACCAAUAUGCUAAAAUCUGACCAACUGUUGACCAGGGCCAUAUCGGAGAGAUCAAGGCACAGCACAGAGCCCUUGGUUCCAGCGACAGCCACAGGGCUGUUCAAACUUCUAUCAAGCAUCUCUCCGGAGGAGGAGCAGGGAUGCUUCGGGAGUGGCGACAGCCUCCACAGUCAGAGCUGCCAGCUGCGGAGAUCUCAGAGCGCAGGGCAGACACCAAAGAAAGAGCGCAAGCCCCGGAGGCGGAACAGGAAAGGACAAGGCUCAGCUGAAGCAGAGGAUCUCUUCACUCCACCUUCUCGGAAGCCUUCCUUCCCUUUCCAGUGGGCCUGGGAAAGCUUCAUCAUAGAUGGCCAGGCUCUGCUUCAGACAAGUUCCUCUGUGGCCCUGUGCCACCGAUCCAUGCUUUUGCCCCCGGCAGCCCCCCAGCUCAAGUCUAAGCGCAAGUCAGUAGCCAGCCUCCCAGAAGAGCCUGGCUUCGGCCAGAAGACGGAAGUGCAAACCCUGGAGAGGAGACAACAGCUGGGAGGCUGCAGCAGCAUCACCCUCCCUGUGGGCAAAGCAGAAAGCCAAGGGCUGGAGCGAGGCAGCCAGAGUGGGCUCUGCCCACCAGGAAAAGGGUCAGGGGCAGAGUCUGAGGAUGUCUCAGAAGCAGAAGGCCAGGAUGCUGAGGAGGCAGAGACGGUUCAGAGCCCUGGGGAACUGCCCCAGCUGCCAGGGAGGGGCUUGAUCUUGGAGGAGGAGUGGAGCUCAGAGGAGGAGGAACACAGCGCCCCCCACAGGAGGAAGAGCAGCUCUCACGAUAAGGGAAGGAAUUCUGGAGAGAAGGCAUCAGAAGAAGGGGAGCUGCAGGGCCAUAGCCAAAAAAGCGGCUCCAGUUCCAACAGCCUCCGAAAGCCACAGAGGGGGAAGACAAGGGCCAAGGAGCUCAAGGGGCCCUGGGACCUGGAGCGACUACACAGGCAGUUACAGGAGGAACUGGAUUGUGGUCCCCAAAAGCAGACCUGGAAUGCUUUGCGGGCAGCUGUCCAGGCCUCUACCAGAAAUAGGAAGACCUCUAUCUUGGGAGAUGAUGAAAGUUUCUUGUCUGCCAACUUCCCUAAUCGUACCUUCCAUAAACGACAGGAGGCCACCAGAAACCUGCUGCAUGCUUGGCAACGGCAGCAGCUGGAGGAGCGGCAGCAGGCUGAGAUGCGCAGGGCGCGGGAGCAUCAGGUGCAGCAGCAGGUGGCUCGCUGUCUGGCAGCCUACACACCCCGGGGGAGCAGAGGAGCCCUGGCUGCUCAGCGCAAACUAGAGGAGCUGAGGCGAAAGGAGCGACAGCGUUUUGCUGAGUACCAGUCAGAGCUGCAGGGCAUCCAACACAGGGUGCAGGCCCGGCCCUUCCUGUUCCAGCAGGCCAUGCAGACCAACGCCAGGCUCACAGCAAAUCGGCACUUCUCGAGGGUGCUGUCAGCACUGGGGGUAGAUGAGGAACAGCUGCUGGCUGAGGCAGGCAAUGCAGAGGGCAUCUCCCGGAAGCACAGGAGCCACCGGUCAGUUGGAGUAGAAAUGGAGCCCUCUUCUCAGAGUCCCCCAAAGAUAGAACCCACCAGCAGUCAGCCUGGAAAACUCCCCUCCCCAACACUGGACCUGGAUCACAAUCCCUGAAUAAGAUUAAAUGCUUUAUGGCAA